AUGGCUGCCGCUAGUGCUGCUUUGGAGGGCUAGGGGAGCAGAGCCCCUCCACUGAGCGAGAUCUCCCCUCUUCUCUUUGCACAGAAGACCUAUCCAAGUGAGGAGAAGGAGAGGAUGGCUCAAAUUCUCCAAAUGGAGAUCCCCAACUUUGGUAACAGCAUCCUGGAGUGCCUGAAUGAGCAGCGAUUGCAAGGUCUGUACUGUGAUGUCUCGGUGGUGGUGAAAGGCCAUGCUUUCAAGGCACACCGGGCUGUGUUGGCUGCCAGUAGCUGCUACUUCCGGGACCUUUUCAACAACAGCAAGAGUACAGUGGUGGAGCUUCCUGCUGCUGUGCAACCACAAUCCUUCCAGCAGAUCCUUAGCUUCUGCUACACUGGGCGCCUCAGCAUGAAUGUGGGUGACCAAUUCCUCCUAAUGUAUACAGCAGGUUUCCUGCAGAUCCAGGAGAUUAUGGAGAAGGGGACUGAGUUUUUUCUGAAGGUCAGCUCACCCAGUUGUGACUCCCAAGGCUUGCACACUGAGGAGGCACCUUCGUCCGAGCCACAAAGCCCUGUGGCACAGACGUCUACCUGGCCCUCUGGCAACACGCCCCUGCCCCUGGUCUCUCGCGUAAAGACUGAACAGCAGGAGUCGGACUCUGUCCAAUGCACAUUUGUGGUUAAGCGGCUCUGGGAAAACAGCCAGAAAGAAGGGGGAGGUGGCGGUGGCAGUAAUGGGAGCCGCAAAAUGGCCAAGAUCUCCUCCCAGCAGGAGCUGAGUGGGGGUAACCGGCAGUCCCAGCAGCCGUCCCAGCAGCAGCAGCAGCAAGCCCAGCAGCAGGGAGCGCUAUCUGGAGGAGGUGGAGGGGCAAAUGUAGUCAGUGGCCCCAGUACGUCAGACCAGACAAGCCCUGGCACCUCCAGUGCCUAUACCAGCGACAGUCCCAGCUCCUAUCAUGAGGAAGAUGAAGAGGAGGAUGCUCCUGAGGAAGGUUCCGAUGAACAGUACCGGCAGAUUUGCAACAUGUACACUAUGUACAGCAUGAUGAAUGUAGGACAGACUGCAGAAAAAGUGGAAGCUCUGCCAGACCAGGUGGCAUCAGAGUCUCGGAACCGGAUACGAGUGCGGCAGGACUUGGCUUCGCUGCCUGCUGAAAUCAUCAACCAGAUUGGGAACCGGUGCCAUCCCAAGUUGUAUGAUGAAGGCGACCCUGCUGAGAAGUUGGAACUUGUGACAGGUACCAAUGUGUACAUCACUCGGGCACAGCUGAUGAAUUGUCAUGUCAGUGCUGGGACAAGGCACAAAGUGCUUCUCAGGCGGCUACUAGCAUCCUUUUUUGACCGGAAUACCCUUGCCAACAGUUGUGGCACUGGAAUCCGCUCCUCCACCAAUGACCCUAGCCGAAAACCCCUCGACAGCAGGGUACUGCAUGCUGUGAAGUUUUAUUGCCAGAACUUUGCCCCCAACUUCAAGGAGAGUGAGAUGAAUGCUAUUGCUGCUGACAUGUGCACCAAUGCACGGCGCGUUGUUCGCAAGAGCUGGAUCCCCAAACUGAAACUACUGAUGGCCGAGGGAGACACCUACACAACCUUCAUCAAUGACACUGGCAAGAUGGAGCCAGACAUCAUGGGCGUGGAGCACAGCUUUGAGACCGGCAGCCAUGAUGGCGAUGCAGGCGCCUCCACUGAGGGCCUCCAGUAAAACAUGCCCACCUCUUUUUUUUUCUCCACUCGAUGAUUUUUAUUUCCUAAUUUGAAUUUUUGUAGGAUCGUUUUCCACCUUUUUCAUUUCCCCUUCUUUUCCUGUUGUUGGUGUUUUGUUUUGUUUUUGGCAGAGGGGAAAGCAAGCAUUGUACCAUCUCCUUUUUAAAAAAAAAUGAAUAUUCAGUAAGGGUGUUGAUUCCUCGAACGCCACAAGCAGUGCGAGCUCAGAGGGGAGGACGUGCCGCUGCAGGGGCAGUUCUGGCCGGUGUCCUGUCCUCCCUCCCCUCUGUCCUCAUUGUGCUGUUAAUCGUUUUUAGAUCUAUAUUUUAAUAGAGAUUGUUAAAAACCAAAUCCAUUUGCAAAUGGAGGCCAUGAUCCAGGGAAAUGUUUGCCCAGACCACUGCCCCUUCUUCAUCAUAUCUCCCAGGUAGUGCUGUACGGCAGAGACUGAUCAUCAUCAUCAAGUCUUUCCUCAGGGUCAUACCAGAGACGGGGGAAACUCCAGUGCCACAACAAAUACAUGCAGGGAAAGAAAUGGAAGUCCAAGGCCGCUGUCAUGUCAUCCCACCCCACACACACACACACCCACCCCACACACACCCAUGCUCCUUCCCCAGUCUAUGGCAGCUCCUUAUUUGGGGCUAAACCAAUGACCUGUAAGACAAUUCAGUAUGUCAGAACAGGCCCCAGUCAGUGAAGGGAAUAAGGAGAACACCUCCUCAGCAGUUAGGUAAGGGAGGAGA